AUGACGGUAUUCGUUGAAGAACCUGUCACCAGGGUCAGCAAGUGUGAUGCUGUCGACCUGACCCGAGUGCCCGCACCCGAGUUACCAGAGGUUCCUCACGCCCACAAUGCGCUGAGAGAGGCCGCCAUGAGCGUCGACAAUACGAAUGGCGUUGUCACGGAUCCCUUCAAACUGAGCAGCCAAUUUGCGUACACGCCUCGCAAGGUCAAGGUGUUCACCAUCGGCGCGGGCUUUUCAGGCCUCCUCAUGGCCCACAAGUUUCAGCAUCGGUUCCCUGAAAUGCGGGAGAUUGUCGAGCACACUAUCUUUGAGGCCAGGGCUGAUGUCGGCGGGACAUGGCUUGCCAACCACUACCCGGGCGUGCAAUGCGACGUCCCCGCGCACAUCUAUGCUUUUCCAUUUGACCCCAAUCCCGACUGGGAGAGAUUCUAUGCCAGCGGGCCUGAUAUUCUCGCAUACAUGAAGCACACCGUCAAAAAGUGGAGCUUGGACAGAGAUCUUCAGCUCAAUACCAAGGUCAUCGGCGCUCAUUGGCAAGAGGACCUCGGGCAAUGGAAGGUAACAGUUGAGCACGAGGGGAAGCAGCGUGACGAGUUUUGUCACGUCCUAAUUUCUGCACAAGGAGUUUUGGUCCAUGAGUCGUGGCCUAACAUUCCGGGCCUUCGAGACUUCAAAGGCCACAUCACGCACUCUGCGAGCUGGGAUCACGAUUACGACUAUUCCCACAAGCGGAUUGCGGUGAUUGGCAAUGGGUCGUCUGGAAUCCAGAUCGUCCCGCAGAUGGCCAAUCUACCCGGCACGGAUGUGCAGAACUUCAUACGUGGUCCUGCCUGGGUUUACUAUAGGGCACCCCCAAGCAAACACCUUGGACGGGAUGACCCAGAUCCCAACCCAGCAUAUACAGAAGAGGAGAAGAAGCGUUUUCACGACCCGAAGUAUCAUCUUGAGCAUCGCAAAGGCAUCAUUUCUCGGACCAACAAGUCGUUUUACAUCUUCAUGAAGGGCGAAAACAACAAGGAAGGGGUUAGGUUGGCGGCUGAGCAAAUGGCGGAGAAGCUCAACCAUGACCCCGAGCUCUGUGAAAAGCUCAUCCCGAAAUGGGAGCUUGGAUGCCGUCGGAUUACACCGGGCCCUGGCUACCUAGAAUCCUUCUUGAAGCCGAACUGCCAUCUCACCAAUAGUCCCAUCACAAAGGUGACGGCAAACGCUGUGCACACUGCAGAUGGGAAGGCGUAUGAAUGUGACGUCAUUGUCUGUGCCACCGGAUUUGACGUCUCUCACCGUCCGCGCUACCCAAUUGUGGGACUGAAUGGCGUAGACCUGUCUCAGAAAUGGGCCGAUGACCCCGAGUCCUACCUCUCAGUCGCGGUUCCAGAUAUCCCCAACUACUUCAUGAUGAUGGGGCCCAACUGUCUUGGUGGCCACGGCUCCCUUGUGGAGUCCUUGAACUGGACAGGGGAUUACUUUGUCAAAUGGAUCAAGAAACUGGCGACUGAGGACAUCAAGCACGUCAUACCUAAGGCCUCGGUAGUGGAUGCUUUCAUCAAGUACAGCGACCAGGUUCACAAGACACUCGUGUGGAGUGGAGGCUGCAAGAGCUGGUACAAGCGGAACCGGGUUGAUGGACGGGUUACCGCUCUGUUUGGCGGGAGCGCGCACCUCUUUAACCGCAUGCUCAGUGACAUCCGUGGCGAAGACUUUGAGAUCGUUUACAACACUGCGAAUCCCUUCAGGUUCAUGGGCAAUGGUUUCACGGCAUUCGAGAUGGACGAGAAGAGUGAUCUGUCCUGGUAUGUCGAGAUAGCUGAGACGCUCGACGACACGGCUCAGGCGUGA